CAGAAUUCGUGACUUUUAUUAUAUCAUUUACGAUAAUCAUGUAUGUUUAUUAUAAGAUAACUGAGAUCGUAAGAUGGUGCUUCUAUUGGUUAGCGAUUGCUACCAUAAUUCUUUUGAUUAUAAACAAAGGUUCACUUGUAUCUGAAGACAAAGGUUUUGCGUCAACGCCCGAAGCACGCAUUUUGAUAAUAGUUCUUGGUGCUGUUGAAUGCUUGACAUUAUUUAUUUGGAUCAUUGUUCGAUAUGUUUAUCCACGCAUUGUCAAGAAUGCUAAGUGGUUAGAUACAAUAUGGUGGUGGAGAAUAAAGCAAGAAAGUAAUGUACAUAUUCAUGAUAUUCAUGGAAGAGAUGCUGUUGGAUGUUUCAGAUAUUUAGCUUGGGAAAGUUAUAGUCUCUGGUUCAGGCAUGGAGCUGUGACUUAUAUUGGUGAAGUUAAUGCUAAUGGGCGACCUCAUGGACGUGGUGAAUGGGUUGAUGAUUCAUUUGAUGGAGAAUGUUUAAAAGGUGUCUGGGACGAUGGAGUACCUGUUGGACCCUUUCAGUCGAGAGGUUCAGGCACAGGAGACGCGUUUCACGCAGUUCGAGUUGGAUUUGUAAAAAAUAGUCAUACUCCAUGGAAUGAACAGAGACUUUUUCCUAGACCCUAUCAAAACGGAUUAGAUAUAGCAGUUGCUUCUGUUGAGUGCUCUGUUUCUGGCAAAUAUCUAAAAAAUCUUCCAAAAUCCACGUUGAUUUUAUCACCAAGAUCACGGGAAUCAAGAGAUGAAGAAACAAACAAACCGAUAAUCGAAAAUUGUUUGAAGAAUUUAAUGACAUUUACUUCUAUGGAACCUGAUUUUGAUGUUGAGGAUGCGACACAAUCAUCAGUAUUCAUUAGAGCGGAGAAUGACGGAUUUGCAAUCACUGGAUUUUAUCCUAUUAGCACAAAGACUUCACGUGACGAAGUAAUUGUAAAAAGAGUUCCUAAAAAAAACGAUAGUGUACAUUCUGAAAUUGAAUACACUCUUGAAGUAAACGGGUGGAGACCAUCUGUCACAUCUUCAUCGUCUAAUUCAUCAGGAUGUUUCAGAAGCUCAAUGGAAUGUAUCAUUUUCAUACAUGGAUUCAACUGUCCGCCUAAAUAUGCUACGGAAACACUAGGACAAUUUCUUGCGCUGGGCGACUUUCCUAGUUACAUAAAACCAUUUGUAUUCUCACCACCUAGUGCGAAUUCUUUAUGGUAUUUUGGAGUCAAAAAGCAAGCAUCUUCUGAACAAGCGAUUAAUGAUUUUAGGUUAUUUUUACAAGAUCUUCGAGAUGCAGGAUUUUGCGCUGUACAUAUAUUAAGUCAUUCAAUGGGUGGUAUGUUAACACUUCAGUAUGCAAAGGCGUUUGAAGGAAUAUUUCAAGUAAGAAAUUCCUUGGACAAAGAUACGAGGGACACUAAUAUUUAUUCAGAGAAUGAAGGUACAUUAAUGAAGCUUUCGACGGUUACUCUACUUAAUCCUGAUGCACCUUUAAAACAAUUUAUUAGCCAAGGUUAUGCUAGACUAAAUAGGUAUUGUGAUAAUAUUACAAUAUAUUCAAAUGCAAGAGAUUUCCCAUUGAAAAUAGGAGAAAUAAUUUGGCGUGAAGAAUGCUUAGGAAGACAAACAAAAGAUUUGCAUCAUGACGGAAAAUUAAUGAAUGUUGAUUUAAUUGAUACAACGCAAUUGGACGUUAACAUACAUAAGGUUAGGCAUAAUUUUUUUAAUUUGAAUAGAUUGUUGGUUGAUGACUUACGGGAUAUCAUAGUGAUUAAAAGAAGAGCAAAAGAAAGAAGAUCAAGACUGAGUAGAAAAGGUAGAGGUGUUGGAUUGGAGGGGAUUGUUUAUACUUUCUUGGUUGCUCCAAGUUAUGUCGUUAACAAAUGAUAUUUUCGCGACAAAAGAAAAAAUAAAUAAACUUACCAGAUUUGCCCGAUAACUUUUACAGAUUUUGUCAUUGUAUCCACAAAUUUCUAAGAAUCUUGACUGAAAUAAGCAAAAUAAGAGCUUUUUUUUUUUUUAUAAAAUAUAUAA